AAGAAGACUACACUUCCCUACUAUCUGGCUCCGUAAUGUAAUGUAUACUUCCGCCCUUCAGUGUUGGCGCUACCUCUUUCGGUCGCUGCGCUGAUGUCGUAUCUAAUGUUUAUUCUCCUCCGCCCCUCCCCCCUCACUAUCUAUCCUGCUCACACACUUUGACACAUACAUCAAGCGGGGGAGAGGGAGACGCGGUUGGUUUUCUGUUCUGGUCGUGUCCCUGUUGUUCCGCUUUCAUGAUGGCGAUGUUCCGCAGUUUUGUAUCGGGUGUCCAACAGAAACAACAGCAAACGAACGGGGCAACAACGGGAGACAGUCUGGAAAGCCAAUAUUCCUGCCCCAUCUGCCUGGAGGUCUACCACAAACCCGUCAGCAUCGGAAACUGCGGACACACCUUCUGUGGUGAAUGUCUCCAGCCAUGCCUCCAGGUCCCUUCACCCCUCUGUCCGUUGUGCCGCAUGCCUUUUGACCCAAAGAAGGUGGAAAAAUCAUCAAAUGUUGAAAAGCAGCUCUCUUCCUACAAGGCUCCCUGCAGAGGCUGCAGUAAGAAGGUCACACUUGUCAAAAUGAGGUCUCACAUUUCUUCUUGUACAAAGGUUCAGGAACAAAUGGCAAACUGCCCAAAAUUUGUCCCCGUCAUACCCACCUCCCAGCCCAUUCCAAGCAAUAUUCCAAACCGCUCAACGUUCGUAUGUCCAUACUGUGGGGCAAGAAACCUAGAUCAGCAGGAAUUGGUGAAGCACUGUAUGGAAAACCAUCGUAAUGACCCCAAUAAAGUGGUAUGUCCAGUUUGCUCAGCAAUGCCUUGGGGUGACCCCAGCUAUAAGAGUGCCAAUUUCUUGCAACACCUUCUUCAUCGGCACAAGUUCUCUUAUGAUACAUUUGUGGAUUAUAGUAUUGAUGAGGAAGCAGCUUUGCAAGCAGCCUUGGCUCUUUCACUCUCUGAGAAUUAGAGAUGCCACUCUACGUAUUUCAUAACCACCGUUCUUUGCACUGGACACCUCACCAUUCCUGCUGCAGGGCACCCUCAAUUUACAGUGGGCAUCUGUGACUUUUACUUGCUGGAUCAUUUUUAGAUUUUAGUAUUCAUUUUUUUUCUGAAAAUGCUGAAGCUUUAUCAAUGGCCUUUAGACAAUUGAGGGUAUAUUUCAGAAACCUUUAAAGGAAAACUGAUAUUGCAGUUAUUUUAUAUAUUAAAUUUCUGAAGCAUCACCCUGGAAAAAAGCAAUUUGGCUGUGAAUCUGUUCAAAUAAGAAAUGCACAGAGCACACUUUCAAAGUAAACACAUUUUGCUGAUGAGGCUGACGGAUGUUGGAAUGUGCCAUCUUUUCGAAUGUGGACAUAGCAUCUAAUGGAAUCCUGUAUGUGCCUAGCAAUUGCUGCAAAACCGUCAUCAAUAAAUGUUAAUAGUUUUUGUUUCUACACACUUUCUUAACCAAACUUGGCUAAUAUUUUUAUCAUGUGCUUCUGUGACAAAAUGGAUUACAUUCAACCAACAAUCCAGUCCAAUUCUCCAACAGCGCACCUGGAAGAUUCUGAACCUGGAUUAGAUGAUCUUCAAAAAAGAUAAGAUAUUUGCCCCUUGUAAAACCUGUACUUCUAAAAAGGUUGUGUGUGUGUGUGUGUUUUUUUUUUUUUUUCCUGUUCACAAACCGUCUGUACUGUAUUUAUACUAUAGACAAUGGCACCCAGCUCAACUGAAAAAAACAAGUAGGUAAAUAAAUUCAAAUUACAAAACUGGUGACAUAUAGCAUUCCCACUGGGUUGAAUUGGGUGUUUUUUGAGUGGCCAGUGAAUUGGUUUAAGUGUGAUCUUUUUAGUUAGUGAUUAAGUAAUGCCUCAUUUUCACUUGCUGCAUGGUUGGGCACCUGAUUUUUUCCAUUCCAUACAAUAGUUCAAUCUUUAAUUACGAAAACCUAUACAAGCUUUAAGAAAAUCAGUUUAAAAUUACCAGCUGUAAUUUUCCUUGUACCCUGGUUAGAAAAAUGUAAGAUUUUAAUCUUUACUCAUAAUAAUAAGUACAAUUUUCAUUCUUUAUAUUUUAGAAAUUCUAACCAUUUAUUUAAAAUGUAAUUAAAACAUGCACUAAGUUGCAACAGGUAUCAAAGUACAAUGGAAUAGCAAUAUGUGGGUAUGCAAGUCUUAGACUGCAAAUAAAACUUGCAUAUUAAAUUCUUUAUUUAUUCUGCUAGCAAAACGUGAUGCAGUUUUUAUAGAUUUUUAUUUGUUCAUUUUUCUGUAGGCUGUUAGACCUGUCUUUGCAAAGCUAUCAGUUUAUGCUUUUCAAAACAAACACAAUAAAGUGAUGCUGAAAGUGUUACUAGUAGCAUUUGAUCCAUAUAAGAUCACAUUGAAAAUGUGUGAAGUGAAAAAAUGAUUUAUUUUCUUCAGUUGUGCAGAUUAAUCUCUUGUGCUAGUCUAAACAAUGUAGCUUAUGGCAACCUACAUGAUCAAAAUGCACACAUCAUAGUGAGUAGGUGAAAACAUAAUUUAAAGUCUUGAUUGCUCUUCUUUUGAUUUCUCACCAUGUUUCUGAAUCCAAAAAAUAUCUUUUUGCGGCUUUGAUCACUAGUACUAAAUGUGAGGAAUGUAUUUAGAAGUCAACAAGCCUUGGCAAGGAAAUGGAGUUAUGGAGCAUUUUUCAUAAAAAAAAACACUUUUGGGUUUGUUCAGAGUGGAUGUGGAUCAAGUUAUACUGUCAACACAACCUUUCUGAAUUCAUAAAAUUACAUAGUUUAAUAUCUUAUACAGAUCUAGUGAUGAAUCUGUUUUAAGUUGUUAUUAACAAUUUGUUAAGUAUAGAUUUCACACAGUCUUUGAGCAUUUUUCUACUUCAAGGUAGAGUAAACAUAUAGAGCCUGGAUGACCUGUUGCAUGGUUGAACUUUGCUAAAUUUUAAGUCUUAAACUGGUACUGUUUUGGAAAUACUCGAAAAAUAUUAAUUAAGUAGAUAUGCUGGGUCAACAACCUGUUCUUAUUAAAACCUGUUCUUAAGUGCUAUUACUGCUUCAUCACAAUAAGCAUGUAGUUGUUUAAUUAUUUUUUUUAACAUAUCUGGGUUCGUAUUAGCUCUAGCAUGACAGAAAAUAUUUUUCUUAUAGACAGUAUUUUGUGUUUAUAAGACAUAUAAGACUGCUUUAAUCUUCAUGCAGUGUGGCAUUUUCAUGUGUCAGGUUCACAAGGUUUGGUGCAUUUUUUUUCAAUCAUUUAGUCCAGUUCCUUUUGUAAUUAACGGAACUACCUUCACUUGCCUUUUUCAUUUAUAGUCAUUUGAGCAAGUAUAUCUUAUUUCUAUGGUUUUGUGUAUCUCAUCCAGGUUCAAAGGAUCAUUAUGCAGAAGGCAAGUACAAAAAUAUAAAUACACCCCCAUAAUUCAAAUGCUUGUGGAAGAAUCUUUAUCAGUUUUAGUCUUUUGCGUUGUAUUGGAAGAGUUUUGAUCUACUUCUCCCUACAUCACUGCAUCAGUUGAUUAAUUUUUAAAAUUUUUUUUUUGUGUGUGAAAUUUUGGGGUAGCUUCCUAAUGGGGCUGAAGUCUGGACUUUUAACUUAGCCAUUCCAAAACUUUGAUUCUAUUGUUUUUCAGCCAUUUACUUUUAUAUUUGAUGUUUUGUUUAGAGCCAUUGUUGCUUGAUCAACGUUUAUUCAAGCUUUAGCUACCUGAUUGAUAACUAGAAUGGUCUGAUUUUGGAAUAUUCUGGUUGAAGGAAGACAAAUUGGACUUGGUAAUUUUUAGGUGUCAUUGUCCUGUAUCUCACAAAUAACUACAGAUCAUCAUUUGUAGAUCACAGUGCUUGAUAGUUGGUAAAACAAGUUUUUAUGUUGAUACCCCUGUGUUUGGUCUUCACCAGAUGUAGUAUUGUACAUCAUUGCAGCUCUGGUCUUGUCUGUUCAGAGAACAUCAUUUCAGAAGUCCUGUGCAUUGUUUAGAAGCAAGAUUGCAAGCAUAUACUUCCAGGGGAAAAGGGGCCUUUUCCUACCAUGAAACUCAUAAUUGUUUGUGAUUCUAUCAUCAAAAAUAGAAUGUAAAGUUUUGCCAUGUUGACAGAAGUCUUUAGAUUAGUACAUAUAGCUUUUCCACUCUAUGUGAUUUCUGGUAGCAUCAUACUUUUGUUGGUGUAUUUGUAGCUGUGUGGAAUUUCUCAAUUGGUUAAUAAUUUAUUUCACUGUACAUUGAUAGACUUCAAUUUUUUUGAAAGUGGCCUUAAAUGCUUUACAAGACUGAUCAUAAGCAGCAGCUGCUUCUCUCAGAUGUCAUUUUCCUUAGCAUGGUAUUACCACAAGCAUAAAUGCCCCAAACUAAAAUGCAGAAGGUAUUCUGCUUUAAUACAAAGAUGGUAGAAUUUCUUAAUAUCUAGAAAUUCUCAACAAAUGCACUUGAUUCUCAACACCUAGCUCUAUUUUCCUCUUACCAGAAGUGGAAGUGGUAAGGUGGUACUUUUGUGUGUUUUUAAACAUGUGGGCAGGCAGUGUGUCCUAAUGGUCAAUAAUAAAUAAAUAAAUAAAAAGUUGCUGGGCCAUUCUGGUCCAGGCUCUUAGUGAGACUCUUAACAUUCCUGUAUUCUACUUUUAAAAGUACAACAAACUGUAGUUUGUUUAG